GACUGCACAAAGCCGCUUUUCUCAGCUCGUCCGGCGCUGCUCCCCGACCGAGAAAGAAGCCAAGAAUCCGACCCCGUCGAGACUCGAGACGCGCCGACCGCCGAAGCAAGCAAAGGAGCGAGAUCCCAGUCCACAUCGCGCGGCCGCUGCUCCGGCCAACCCAACGGCAGCCCGCCCACCCACCCACCUACCCAGUACACCCACCCUCGCACAUCGCAGCCCGACCGCGACUCUUCUCUUCUCCGCCACGGCAGGGAAAAGAAAAGAGACUGGCCGAGCGAGUCCGGCCCCGCGACACCGGCACGGCGCCUAUUCGCCCGCUCGCGUUCGGUCGGUCCGUGGCGUGGUCCUGAAGCCAUCCUCCUCACAGGCUCGCACCGCCUUCGACUUCUCUCAUCCUGCGCCCAGAGCUCCUAUGCUCCGCCUUCACCUGACUUGUUCGUCGCUCGCUCCCGGCCCGCUGGUUUCCUCAGGCCUUGUUCCGUGGCUCAGGCAGCGCCUGAGCUGGUGAGGCUAGGCAGGACUCAGGAGUGCCCCCGCCCCGCGAGGCUGUUCGAAGCGACCCAGCUGCCGGGUGGCGGCGGAUUCCUGGAUAAAGUUGAUUAAUGUCUGCUGUUUUCUUCUGGUUGGUAGGACACUCCAACCUGCCAGGCUUCCUUGUGGUUAUAAGGCUUUGUUAACACACCUGGGAAUGUUUGGUUACGUUGAGGAAGUUGCUCAAUACACCACAUCAGGGUCACAGUUCAGCAGGAAUUUGUUCAGCUUUUCUGAUUGGAUGGUUUGGUUCUGAAAUAUUGUUCUGAAUUUAUGUCAUGCUUUAGAUUGACGAUAUAGUGAAUGCAAACUCCGGACCAACUUGUCACAAGGUUGAGUGAUGAAGAAAUGGCAUGGAGGCUUUGUCAUUGUAUCUUUGUUCAUCAUCUUGAUGUUAAGAUAUGUGAUAUUGGAUAGGCUACUUGCAGAAAAAUCGCUUCAGUAUGUUUUCCAGCAAAACAGGACGGCAGAAUUACAUUGGUUGGAUGUUCCAAACCCACCUGCAAUCCAGAAUCCACAGAUUUCUUCUGAAGUAAUAUCAACCAGACUCUUGGCAUCCAACCUUUCCAUUACCAGAAAUCUCUCUGAUACAGAACUUCAAUCUUUACAUUCUUGGAAUCAUUUGAAACACCUUUUAACGCAUGCCCAUAUCCUACCAGAUGGAGUAGAGGCAAUCAAGGAAGCUGGAGUUGCAUGGAGGGAACUCAAUACAGCCCUUGCAUAUGAUGAUUCAGUUGUUUCUGUUAAUGGCAGCAUUCAGCAGAAGGACAAAGGAAAGCAAUGCCCUUAUUCUGUCCGACGGAUGAAUGCCACAAGAUUAGGGGAUAGGUUUGCUUUAAAACUUCCAUGUGGAUUGAUUCAGGGCUCUUCAAUAACUAUUAUUGGUACUCCUGGUGGUCUUCUGGCUAAUUUUAAGAUAGAGUUAACUGGAGCUGCAGUUCCUGGUGAACCAGACCCUCCAAUUGUCCUUCAUUAUAAUGUCCGCCUUCUUGGUGAUAAACUCACAGAAGAUCCUGUAAUAGUCCAAAAUACAUGGACGAUAGCUGAUGAUUGGGGUUCUGAAAACCGUUGCCCAUCUCCUGAUUCAGAUGCUAAGGACAGUGCAAAAGUGGAUGAUCUAGAAAAGUGUAGUAGCAUCGUAGGUGAGGACCAGAAAGAAAUCCUUCCCUCUAAGUUACAUUCACAUGUUUUGACCAUGCCACCUGCAAGGAAGAAGAAAGCAGAAUCUAGAAAGUAUUUUCCAUUCAGGCAGGGAUAUCUUGCUGUAGCAAUUCUUCGUAUCGGAGCACAUGGGAUCCAUAUGACUGUAGAUGGCAAACAUAUCACUUCGUUUGCAUUUCGAGAGGAUUUGGAACCAGGGUUUGUUGGUGAAGUAAGAAUUGCAGGAGACAUUAAAUUGCUAUCUGUGAUAGCAAGUGGCCUGCCAACAACAGAGUACUUCGAGCAUGUCACUGAUCUGGAAAUUUUGAAGGCUCCACCUGUUGCCAUGGAUAAAUCUGUUGAUCUUUUCAUUGGGGUCUUCUCUACAGCAAAUAAUUUCAAGCGCCGAAUGGCAGUUCGCAGAACUUGGAUGCAGUAUGAUGCUGUGCGCUCAGGAAAAGUUGCAGUUAGAUUCUUUGUUGGCCUGCACAAAAACGAGGUGGUCAAUGAGGAACUCUGGAAUGAAGCACGAACAUAUGGAGACAUCCAGUUGAUGCCAUUUGUGGAUUACUAUAGCCUGAUUCUUUGGAAGACCAUAGCGAUCUGCAUUUAUGGGACAAAUGUCCUGUCAGCCAAGUAUGUGAUGAAAACUGAUGAUGAUGCUUUUGUUCGAGUAGAUGAAAUACUUUCUUCCCUCGACCGAACCAAUAUCAGUCAUGCACUGUUGUAUGGUCGUGUCAAUUCUGAUUCCCAGCCUCACCGAGAUCCCUAUAGCAAGUGGUACAUAACCCCUGAGGAAUGGCCUGAGGAGAAUUAUCCUCCAUGGGCGCAUGGUCCAGGAUAUAUUGUUUCACAGGACAUAGCUAAAGAAGUUUACAGGAAACACAAGAAUGGGGAAUUAAAGAUGUUCAAGCUGGAGGAUGUCGCGAUGGGAAUAUGGAUCAAUGAGAUGAAGAAGGAUGGCUUGGAUGUCAAGUAUGAGAAUGAUGGGAGGAUCUUGGUUGAAGGAUGCGAGGAUGGGUAUGUGAUUGCUCACUACCAAGAACCAAGGGAUAUGAUGUGCCUCUGGGAUAAGUUUCAGAAAACAAAACGAGGAACAUGUUGCAAAGAAUAACAGAGAUAAUGCAAAUGAUGCUUUAUUUUACGGUGGUUGCUGUUGGCCGUUGCUUGAACAGACACCGUCACGCUAAAACGUUCUUGACAUUUGACAUAUACAGCCCCUCCUAAGAGGAAUCUUGCAGAACUGGAUGGCAAGCGAAGUUUUGGGUAUCUUAAGUUUGUUUCGUCCCAGUUUGAAGAGUUUCUAGUCAAACUAGGGGAUAUGCAUUGUAGGCAGAAUGCAGGUCACAUCUUUUUUUUUUGGGUAGGUAGGAGAGUGCUGCUUUGCUUACUGUGUGGCUUGUAAAAUACUAGUAUCUUGCCAGAAUGUAGGAUACAUGGGCGGCAGCUUACGUUAGGAUAGAUUGAGCCAGUCUACCAUUCUUUUGAAAGGAAUGCAUUUUGCAUCUGAUGUAAAGCUAUUUUUGGUGACCAUUCAUUCUCUUGUAUAAUCCAUUCUCAAGAAAUUUCAAAUCGGUACUGAUUAAAGAUAGGAUCA